AUGAAUACGAAUGCGUUUCGUAUAAGAGGAAAAGAAAUGGUCGAUUAUAUUGCUGAUUACAUGGAAAAUAUUCACAAGAGACGAGUGGUACCAGCAAUUGAACCUGGUUAUCUCAAAGAAUUGCUACCAAAAUCUCCACCAGAUUCACCUGAAAAAUAUGAAGCAAUUAUGGAGGAUUUCGAGAAAUUUAUAAUGCCCGGUAUAACCCACUGGCAACAUCCUCGAUUUCAUGCUUAUUUCCCAGCCGGCAAUGCAUUUCCAUCAAUUCUAGCUGACAUGCUUUCCGAUGCGAUCGGUGGAAUGGCAAUAACUGAGCUUGAAAUGGUGAUGUUGGAGUGGUUUGGAAAAAUGAUAGGACUGCCAUCGGAUUUUCUUCCCUUUACUGAGGGUGGCAAUGGAGGAGGCGUAAUUCAGGGAUCAGCAAGUGAUUGUAAUUUUGUUUCACUAUUAGCUGCACGAUUCGAAAUACUUAAAGAACUUCGUCAACGAUUUCCUUUCGUUGAAGAAGGAUUACUUUUAUCAAAACUUGUUGCAUACUGUUCGAAAGAAGCUCAUUCGUCGGUUGAGAAAGCAUGCAUGAUUAGUAUGGUGAAACUUAGAAUUUUGGAAACUGAUUCGAAAUUUCGCCUGCGAGGCGAAACUCUUAGAAUGGCAAUACAGGAAGAUAGAGAACUUGGCAUGAUACCGUUCUUUGUAUCGACCACACUUGGAACGACAUCAUGCUGUUCAUUUGACGUACUAUCAGAAAUUGGACCAUUAUGCCGUGACAAUGAUUUAUGGCUUCAUGUUGAUGGAGCCUACGCUGGAAGUGCUAUGAUUUGUCCAGAAUUUCGCUAUUUAAUGGAUGGUAUAGAAUAUGCGAUGAGUUUUAAUACGAAUCCCAAUAAAUGGAUGCUCGUUAAUUUCGAUUGUUCUACUAUGUGGGUAAAGGACAGAUUCAAAUUAACGCAAGCACUUGUAGUGGAUCCAUUAUAUUUACAACACGGUUGGAUGAACAAAGCAAUUGAUUAUCGACAUUGGGGUAUACCGUUGAGUCGAAGAUUUCGAUCACUAAAAUUAUGGUUCGUUAUUCGAAUGUACGGUGUUAAUGGGCUACAAAAUUAUAUUCGCAAUCAUGUGAGAUUGGCUAAAAAAUUCGAACAAUUGAUACGAGCUGAUAAUAUAUUUGAAAUAGUUGGCGACGUGAUUAUGGGACUUGUUUGCUUCCGUUUAAGGGCUUCGGAUGAGAUUAACAAGGCACUUCUCACCGAGUUGAACUCGUCAGGACGCAUUCAUAUGGUACCAGCAAGUCUUAAUGAUCGUUUUGUUAUUCGCUUUUGUGUUUGUGCUGAAAAUGCUGUAGAAAGAGAUAUAAAUAUUGCUUAUGAUAUUAUUUCUCAAACCGCUCGACAAAUCAUUCGUAAUUCUAUAAAUGAACCAUUGGUUGAAGAAACUGAACUUGAAACGAUAGACGAAAGUGCAGCUAAGUUAGAUUCAUCGUUAUACAGGCUAUCAUCGAAUAAUCUUGUUGGUGAUAACAUAUGCGACCUAUCGAAAGAUGAUUUAUUGAAGAAGAAAAGUUCGCAGACCCUCGAGCAAAAACGCUCGUUUUUUGUCCGUAUGGUUUCAGAUCCAAAAUGCUAUAAUCCUAAAAUAAUCCGCCAUCUCUCAAGGCAAAAUUAUCGAAAAAUGUGUGAAGAAGUGGCGAGAGAUUGUAGUUUACGGUCAUUUUGA